AGUGUUUCCCAGAAUAGUCCUCUACACCGGCGGUGAAAUUCCCUGGUAGAAAGUAGUGUGCACUGUUGAUCUUUUAAAAUAUCGACUCGGAUCUGAAUCGGAAACGGUUCAAUUUCUGCUCUUUUCCCUCUGGUGAACCAGCCAGUUAUCCAGCCCUGGUUGCUCAUUCAUCAUUACAUCAAAUCAAGAUGUCUCAAAAACCCAUCUUCGUGGCUACCCAUCCACGCGCCUGCUCUACGGCCUUUGAACGAGUCUUCAUGACCCGUCGGGAUACCAUCCAGUGUAUCCAUGAGCCGUUUGGUGAUGCCUUCUACUACGGACCUGAACGCCUGUCGGCCAGAUUCGCCGACGACGAACAGGCUCGUCUGGAGAGCGGCUUCAGCCAGUCGACGUUCCAGACCGUCCUGGCUAGAAUCGAGCGCGAAGCUUCUGAGGGCAAGCGCAUUUUCAUGAAGGACAUCAUGCACUACCUCCUCCCGCCAUACGGCAAACCCGCCAGCAUCGCGCCAUCUCUGAACAGAAUCAAGCGUGGCGUGGGCACCGAGUCUAAUGGAGAGACUGCUCCCCUUUCGGCCGUUGGCACCAACGGCCACCACGCCCAGCAGCUGAAUGGCACAAGCCCAGUCCAGAACGGGACCAAGAAUGGGCUGAAUGGCCACGCUGUGCUGGACCACUCCACGCCGGUGAAACCGGCCACCACCCGGGAGCCGUACCCGUAUGACACGGCAGCCGAGCCUGGCAAUCCUACCGUGAUGCCCACGGAGAUCCUCUCCCAGUUCCAUUUUGCCUUUCUCAUCCGCGAUCCCCACCACAGUGUCCCCUCUUACUUCCGCUGCACCAUCCCGCCCCUCGACCAGGUGACUGGCUUCCACAACUAUGAUCCCUCCGAAGCUGGGUACGACGAGUUGCGUCGCACCUUCGACUACCUGCGUAGCAUGCGUCUGGUAGGCCCCCACAUUGCCACGCAGGAGCGUGACGCCGACGACAUCGACAACAAACUCCGACCGGUGACGAACGGCCUUAACGGGUACGAAUCCGGAGCGGAAAUCUGUGUCGUCGACGCCGACGACAUGUUGCAGAAGCCGGCGGCUAUGAUUGAGGCGUUCUGUCGUAGCGUGGGCAUUGAGUAUACCCCUGACAUGCUGUGCUGGGACACCGAGGAAGACCACCAGGUCGCUCGGGAAAAGUUCGAGAAGUGGCGCGGCUUUCACAACGAUGCGAUCGAGUCGAAGGGCCUGGUUGCUAGAGAGCAUCCCCAUGCCGUCAAGACAGAAGAAGAAUGGGACGCCGAAUGGCGCAAGAAAUACGGCCCAGAGGCAGCAGACCUCAUCCGACAGACCGUCGACGCCAACAUGGCCGAUUACUUGUAUCUGAAGCAAUUUGCCAUGCGCGUGUAGGUCGAGUCAGGUCAGGAUAUGACAGGUUGUCCUUACGGGACCGGGGAAGGAGGAAGAAGAAGAAGAAGAGAGACCACCGGACGAAGAACCGGGGGACCGGAUGGAUUUAAAUGAGAAGAGGAGGAAGAAUGAUAUGAAAAGAGGGGUUAAUCCACUCUUUUAACUUCGGAAUGGUAUGUUGGGUGACGAAU